AUGCCCCAUUCAUCCCCACCCUCCCCAGAAUACCGCUACGGCUUCGUCGACGACUACAGCGAAGGCGCCCACCCCCAACUCCUCCAAACCCUCAUCGAAACAAAUAAAACACAGCAAACCGGCUAUGGCCGCGACGCUCUCUGCACGCUCGCCCGCCAGCGGAUCCAGGCGCAUCUCGGCCGCGACGACGUAGGCGUCUUUUUCGUCCCCAGCGGCACUUCCGCAAAUGCCAUAUCCAUCGCGGCCUGUCUGCGGCCCCACGAGGCGGUCAUAGCAGCUUCCUCCGCGCACAUAGUAACGCGCGAGACCGGCGCCGUUGAAGCUUCUGGCCAUAAAAUCAUUCAGGUCCCGCCGCAAGAUGGGAAAUUAACGCCGCAGAGUAUUCGAAGGGCGCUGGACGAUAAUUGGCACUUCCCGCACAUGGCAAAGCCGAAGUUGGUGUCUAUUUCGAAUGCGACGGAGAUAGGCACCAUCUAUAGUAGGCAGGAAUUAAUGGCUAUUAAGCGGCUUUGCGAGGAGGAGAAACUGAUUUUGUUCCUGGAUGGGGCGCGCAUUGGGACGGCGCUGACGAGUAGUAAAAAUGAUAUGACGAUGCGGGAUAUCCUAGAAUUGACGGACCUUUUCUGGAUUGGGGGGACGAAGAACGGCGCGCUGCUGGGCGAAGCCGUCGUUGUGAAGGACGCGACGUUGGCAACUGAGUUUGAGUUUUUCGUAAAGCAGCAUGGAUCGCUGCUUGCGAAGGGGAGGAUCAUGGGCGCGCAGUUCGCGGAGCUGUUCAAUGGUGAUCUCUACUACGAUCUUGCGCGGAAAGCGAACGGGUGCGCCGAGUUGCUGUCUCAAGGGAUCGUCAAGGCUGGCUUCGUGCUGGAUGCUGCGACCGAGACGAACCAGGUCUUUGCUGUGCUUCCGCUUGAUCUGAUCCAAAGGCUCAAGGACCACUUCAAUUUCUACGUUUGGGAACAACGAGGUGAGGGUAAGGCUGUCGUUCGGCUGGUAACUACGUGGGCGACCGAACUGGGGCAGGUGAACAAGUUCAUUCAACUGGUACAAGAGUGGACUAUUGAGAAGGCAAAGUCGGCGUGA